AUGAUCAUAUUUCCGAUAGGAAAUGAUCUUGUCCAAAGGGGGAAGUAUCAAGACCAUAUCAGAUCUUCGAGCGUCUCCCAGACAUCAAAUCCAGACGGGAUGGUAGUCUACGGAACGACCUCUGAGACUAAUUCAAUGAAUAAUGGGGCCACCUAUAAAGAGGAAAGCUAUAAUGAAGACCAAUUAGUAAUCCUUUGGCAGAAAGCUAAAGGUCGCGACCCCUUAAGGCUUAAUCAAGUAUGUUGUAAGGGCACUGCAACAGGUAGGAAGGGAGGCCUCUGA